GUACGCUCAAUUCGUUUACAAUACUCGUCACAACAUGCUUGUGUCUUCGAGCAAGAAAUUGGCCCUGAUGGGUGCAAUGAUGCUUGGCCUUGGACAGGGCGCUUGGGGGCUUUGGGACUGCAUUCUGGACCAGCAUGUUUUCCCUGUCGACACCAACAAGUUCGUCGUGCACUUUACUUCUUUGCGGGAUAGUCAUUUCCCCGCGGAUGGACCAGUCCGGCCAUGGGUACGUUGCUCUACUAUAUCGCAUCUCCACCGUCUCAUAGCACCGGUACUGGAUGGAUGGAAUAGUUGCUGACCCUUAUAACUCAACUAGAUCCGCAUCUAAAAGCUGAUCUUUGGAUUGCUGGGGGCAAUGGCUGUG